GGUGCAGAUAGAAAAAGAACGAUUCUAUUGAGAACGCGGCGUUCGGCGUUCGUUGUGAAACGCCGUAAAGUUAACCGAGUCAAAGGCGCCAAUCGUCGCCUUCCCGCGACAUUGAGAUCUCUUUUUAUCUUUACGUAAAAAGAUCAGUGAGGAGUCUGCAUACACAAUGAUGCGGUCGCUCAUAGUGAUUAAUCGUAGAUCGUUUCCGUACGUCGCCUUUAAGACAGAUUUUAUCGGAAAAUGUCAGAACGAAACCAAAAGCGAGUGCGAGUGACAGUAGGUACAUUAGGUUAGAUUAGGUUAUCAUUUGUCUCACGAUGUGAAAUAGUACGAAGCUACAUCGAUUGCGACUUCGAUAAUCGCAAUCAGUUCGAAAAUCGCCGAUCGGCGCCAACGGUCGAUUCAUCGUUACGUUUCUUUUUUUCUCGAACGAGAAGAGAAAUUUUGGCUCGUCUGGAAGAUGCGCGUGCAGUUGUCGCGUCGUAAAAUUCAUACGUGAUAUUCGCGGAGGAACAUUUAUUUCGACAAGUUGUCUAGGGUCUAGGCGCUGUCGGGGCCACGUCAAUUGACAAUAUUGUAAAUAACGCGCAGGAUCUCCCUCGUCUGACCGUUCUGACCUUACUCCGAUAAGUCGCACGUGCGCGACGCGCGCGCGCGCAACCUUGACUUUCGAGUUUGCGGCGAGUUGUGGCGAAAGAGUGAGAGAAAUCGCCGAGUCAAUCGUGGUGAAGAAGCGGCGUACGUUUUUUCCGUGAAAAUUGUGAUGAUACCAUGUAAAAUAUCCGCAAAGUGUGCUCGAUGUUCUACAUAAAGACGUUUCUAUAAAAACAUUCUGUGUUUCUCCUCUCAUCCCGUUGCCGAAUCAUAGAAUCUCUGUGGGUGUCUCGCGUCAUCAUGCGGAAUCUCUGGAAUUUAUGAACAAAAAAGGUCAUGAUUGGACAGGUGCAGCUGCAUUAACUUGUUAUCAUCUGCAUCUGCAUGUGCAUAAGUUGUGUCCAUCAUUGUUAAGUCGAUACGCGGUCAUAUCAGAGCGAAGCAAAUUAUGUUGAACUUGCGGUGAGCGACUGUGCGCCUCAGACGUCGCGGGUCAGCUCAAACUUGCACAGCAGCAGUAGUAUGGCGGUGAGCCGUGUCCCGAGCCCGCCACCGCCGGAAGUGAACACCCCCGUGGCCGAGAAUUGGUGUUACACGCAGGUCUUAUGUGCACAGGUGAAGGUGGUUAAGUUCAGCUACAUGUGGACGAUAAAUAACUUCAGUUUUUGCCGCGAAGAGAUGGGUGAGGUGCUUAAGUCAUCCACGUUCUCCGCAGGGGCCAACGACAAGUUGAAAUGGUGUCUGAGAGUGAAUCCUAAGGGACUGGAUGAGGAGAGCAAAGACUACCUGUCACUCUAUCUCCUUCUCGUUUCGUGCAACAAAUCCGAAGUCAGAGCAAAGUUUAAAUUUUCUAUUCUUAAUGCCAAAAGAGAAGAAACCAAAGCAAUGGAGAGUCAACGUGCGUAUAGGUUCGUCCAGGGUAAAGAUUGGGGUUUCAAGAAAUUCAUCAGGAGAGACUUUCUGCUAGAUGAGGCCAAUGGGCUGCUACCGGACGACAAACUCACGAUAUUCUGCGAGGUAUAUACCUUUGUCAGCGUAGUGGCGGACAGUGUAAAUAUUUCCGGGCAGAGUAAUACGACGCAGUUUAAAGUGCCCGAGUGCCGAUUACCCGAUGAUCUCGGGCUGCUAUUUGAAAACCAAAAAUUUAGCGACGUAACACUCACUGUCUGUGGGAGAGAAUUUCACGCGCAUAAGGCGAUUCUCGCAGCACGAAGUCCGGUUUUCUCAGCAAUGUUUGAACAUGAAAUGGAAGAGAGAAAGCAAAAUCGUGUGGAUAUCACCGAUGUAGAUCAUGAGGUAUUACGAGAAAUGCUGCGAUUUAUCUAUACCGGUAAAGCGACAAAUUUGGAGAAGAUGGCAGAUGACUUGUUGGCUGCGGCGGACAAAUAUGCGUUAGAGAGGCUAAAAGUGAUGUGCGAGGAAGCACUUUGCACGAGCUUAGCCAUUGAGAACGCGGCCGAAAUCCUCAUACUUGCCGAUCUCCAUAGCGCUCUUCAACUCAAGGAGCAAGCGAUAGACUUCAUCAAUACACACGCGACAGACGUGAUGGAUACUCAAGGUUUCAAGUCCAUGGUAAACUCCCAUCCGCAUCUAAUAGCGGAAGCUUUCCGAGCGCUGGCAACUCAGCAAAUUCCACCGGUCGGACCGCCUAGGAAACGGGUGAAGCAGAGCUGAAAGCAGUCACCGCUGACCCAGGGCAUGACCUCCACAUCGCCCCCACCACUUUUACAUCCCUCUUGAACCUUUGUGUACAGUGAUAUAACAAAGUAUAAUAGUAGUGCUAAAUAAAUGUUUCCUAGUUGCGCCACUCUUUGGUCUAAAAAGAAAAAAGAAAAAAGAAAAAAAAAUCAAUUACCGACGCGAAAACCAACCGACUGUCUACGACCUUUGGUCAAGAAUGUCUAGAGAUCGAUCGUCGGGCGGAAGAGAAGAUCUGUCUGGUGGUCUGUCCGAUCGGUCGAGGGCGAGUUUAAAAAGGCGCAUUCCCAUACACGUCGUGUGUCCAGAUUCUUGUGUUCAAGUGAGUGUCGGUAGUGAAAAGAACUCGCGGUAUGAUGACGACCACACCAUCAGUGCCGCGCGUCGAAGAGGAGAAAAACAUCUCUGAAAAUCUGCACACUCACACUCACGUCUUCACAUCCCACCAGCAGACGUAUCAUACCUUGUCCUACCGGCCUGUGACGCGAGUCGAUUUCAUCAUGGCACUGUGAGUGAUCAGGCGGCAACGCAUUCAUUUUUCUUCAACGCCCAAUGCUGAUUCUAAUCGAUCAGUUCUCAGUGACGCAAUGGGAACGCAGUGUCGUCAGGAACGUCAUCACCAUCAUUGUGGAUUCGCUUUCGUUUUCGUUACCAACGAACAAACGAAAUGGAAGUGCAUGACCGCGCGCGAGACGUUAAAGAGUUUUAUUGCCAGAGAGGACCAAGAAAGCGGAGGAGUUUCUCUCCGCGUGGCUCGUCACUAUAAAUUUUAUUGCCGCGACAACAAAACGCGAUGCACGAAGGGAGUUGUGAUAAUAGACGUCGGCAGACGAUUUAAAUAUUUUGUUCCUUUGUCGAAAGAAAGAAAAGAGAAGGGUCAAUGGGGUCAAUGGGGAAUGUUCCCGUGGCGCCGUUCGUUCGACACGUUGAGCAGCACGAUGAAAAUUAGAUACUUUGUUUCUACCAAUAGUAGUGAUUUU